AACAACCGUAGAAAACCACUUUCAUGAAAUCGAGUAUAAAUCACGUUUUAAAGAAAUGGAUGCAUCGAAAAAACAGGACGAUGUGUUUAUUGAGCUGAGAGAGCGGUUACAAACUGGCUUGUUAAUUAUACGGACUGAUGUUCUGAAGGACACAUCUGAGGUAAAUGUGUCUAGUGGCGACUCGGCCCUAAAAAUCCACUUAUCUGAUUGGAUUUAUGAGGUGAAGCUACCCCCAGAUGUCCGUCUAGUGGAGGGUUCGUGUCAGAAGAAUCCAGAGCUGAAUGUGGAUGGACUGCAUGUUAGAGUGCGUUUGAAGGUGGGCCAGCGUUCAGAUGCUCAGGAAAGUGCAAUACAGCAUCUGAGGGCACAGAGGAGCUAUUGUUUCCUGUGCCAGUCCUGUGGGUCCAUGGUGCUUAAAGACAGGGUUUUCAGGCGAGUGCUCCCUUUACCAAAUGGGAAUUGGAACACACUGGUAGAUGACUGGUGUUGCCACCCUGAUCCUUUCGCCAACAGGAAGCUUCUCCCUCAACAACAGGACUGUUUACUCGGUGACACAUACUACCUCUUGACCCGUGACAGCAGUUGUGACCAAACCCUUACAAAAGAAGUGGACUCCUCCAGCAUGAGCGCAGGCUCUAAUCUACAAUCUGGAAAGCAGGUACCUGCCCACAGGAAUGUGGUUUGCUGUAAGAAUUGCUGUGCAGUGCUGGGAGAGGCAGUCACGACAGAGGUUUUAAAAUUCUAUAUAACUGAAGUGGUGGUAAGGCAAAGUGAAGAUGGAGGAUAUACCAUGCCACAAAAUAGACAGCAGUUCUUAGAGAGCGUGCUUCAUUCCAGACUUGUUGAGCUGUCAUCUGCUCAAAGCAUAUUUCGUUUCUCCAUCCAGACACCAGAUGGUAAAUCUCUGAUCAUGCUUUGGCUCUUGAACAUGGACAGCCUGAUCGCUUCAUUCUCUGAGAAAGUCAGCAGCAGUGACAUCCUCGUCUCUGCCAGUGACCGUCAGCCUAAUAACCAUCAGUCACGCAAGGCAGUUAGAGCAAUCAAAGUCCUUUACCUCCCCUGCACUCACGGUCAACAGGAUGAAACUGUUGAUGCAUGGGAGAAGGAUAUCAGUGUUCACCCUCUGAUCCUCCCUCGGAACACAUGUGAGGAGGUGCUGCAGCUCCUGAGCUCCUUUACUAAAACACUGCCCUCUUCAAUGUGCUCAAUGAACUGCUACCAGGUGGCGUAUUUGAGAAGAUGAAUUUGUGAGUUAAAAGUGGGUCAGAAUGUGCGGAAUCCAUUUCAUAUGCAGCAUGAGUGUGUUCGUGAACUGAGAGUGAACUGAACUCUCGUUAAUAAACGGUGAAUAUUAAAACCAUAAGGAUUUUUACAUUACUUUGUUAUUCACUGUUGGAAUAAAAUUCAGUGUUAUAUAGA